AAUCCCCCCCAGGACACUAUAUCUACUUGGGCCGGCAGCACCAGAUUGUCUUCUGAAAUGGAUCCCUGGAGGUUAUGUUGUUUCGCAGCACUGGCUACCUGCUCCUUUGCCUUUACGAUCCAAAACUCUGUUGAUGACAGAGUGUAUGUUGUUGAUGGAGGGCAGCUUAGAAAGGACAUCCCAGAAAUAAACUCAGAAACAGGAAGGCAGCUUUUUGAGGGUGAUAUUAUCUUACCGCUGGAGAGGAAUGCUCUAAGAAACAACUCCUACAGAUGGAAAUUUCCCAUCCCCUACAUCCUGGCUGACAGCCUGGAUCUGAAUGCUAAAGGUGUUGUCCUGCAGGCGUUUGACAUGUUCAGGCUGAAGUCCUGCAUUGAUUUCAAGCCCUAUGAAGGGGAGCAGACUUACUUGAAAUUUGAGAAGCUGGACGGGUGCUGGUCUUAUGUGGGGGAUCUUCAGAGGGGCCAGACAGUGUCUAUAGGGGAGAGGUGUGACUAUAAAGCUAUAGUGGAACACGAGCUCCUGCAUGCCUUGGGAUUCUACCACGAGCAAUCCCGGACGGAUCGUGACGACUAUGUUCAGAUAUGGUGGGACGAAAUUAUUGAAGGUUUUGCAUAUGCCUUUGACAAACAUAAUGAUAGUUUCCUUGAUGAUCUCAAUACCCCGUAUGAUUAUGAGUCAGUCCUGCACUAUGGACCAUAUUCUUUCAACAUCAACAGCAACGUCCCUUCCAUUACAACAAAAAUCCCUGAGUUUAAUGAGAUUAUUGGGCAGAGGUUGGACUUGAGCAGGAUCGAUUUACUGAAGCUGAAUCGCAUGUACAACUGCACUUCAAGCCUCACCUUCUUGGACCAGUGCUCCUUUGAAUACAUCAAUAUCUGUGGGAUGGUGCAAAGUGGACAAGAUGAUGCUGAUUGGGACCACACAUUGGGCAAAUCAGGAGAAGAAGACCAUACUUUGUUGGGAAACUGUGCAGAUAGAGGAUAUUUCAUGAGCUUCGAUACAAAACUGGGACACGCUGGUCAGGCAGCUCUUCUGGAGUCACGCAUCCUUUAUCCCAGGAGGAAAGAAAAAUGCCUUCAGUUUUUCUACAGGUUAAAUGGAAGCCCACAGGAUAAACUAGUUAUCUGGGUGAAGAAAGAUGAUGGAACUGGAAAUGUUAGGAGGAUGGAAAAGCUGCACACUAUUACAGCUGAUGGAGAACAUCACUGGAAAUUGGCCAACAUUCCCUUCAGUGUCCAAACCAAAUUCCGCUAUGGGUUUCAGGGCAUCAGAGGAGAUCCAGCCACAUCUGCAGGCGGGAUUGCCAUCGACGACACCAGCCUGACGGAGACGAACUGCCCCACUAACAUCUGGCACAUCAGGAACUUCACAUCCCUUUUUAACAGGACAUCAAAAGGCGACUACAUCACGAGCCCCGUGUUUUACAGUUCAGAAGGCUAUGCCUUUGCUUUGCAGCUCUAUCCUCAUGGGAGAAAUUCAUCGCCCUACGUGAACUACAUGGGGAUCACUUUCCAUCUCUGCAGCAGUCAGAAUGACGGCCUUCUGGAAUGGCCGGCCGGCCACAGACAGGUCAUCUUGUCUGCUCUGGAUCAAGACCCUGAUGUAAUCCACAGGAUGUCCCUCAGCCUUAGCUUUACUACAGACCCAAAGCAGCUCGUGUACGGCAGAAAUGAUACCCUGCAGUGGGACAAGCCAUCUAUCACGGGGAGUUUUUCUUCUGCCUGCAAUUGUUACAUGAGCCCAGGUGUUGGCUGGAAUACAUUCCUGACACACAGGGAGCUGCACUGGAAAAAAUUCCUCAAAAAUGACGAUCUUUUUAUUUUUGCUGAUUUUGAAGAUCUCACUCCUCUGAUUACAACUGAAGUCCCAGUCCAUCCUUGAAGUGCUCUCAACCUCUUCACUACAAGUAUAAGCAGUCAUUCAUGACAGAUAAAAUAUAUUACUUCACCAAACACCUAUAUUCUGUGGCUUCUGUAUUUUAAGAAUUUGAACUAAGCAUCUCUGCUAGUUUUAAGAGAAUAAACCCAUACACUCCCUGCAGAU